UCCUGGCCGGGGCGUGAGGGGCUAGGCUGGGCUUUUCCGGAGGUUCUGGAGACCCAAGCCGAGGUCUGUGAGGAAGAUACUAUCGGAGGACCCGCUUCGUGCCACGCCUGCGCAACGGGACGGCGGGCGGGUAGCUCCGCCCCCGAGCCUCGGUUUCCCCUAGCCACGCAAGGGCGCCGGGGUGGGGCACUCAGGCUGCGCCCGGAGCCACGUGUUCUCUAGCCCCCGCUGCAGUCCCACAGCGGUCCCCUGGGCCUUCUGCGCCUUUUGCCUACGGGGAGACUGAGGCAAGGGCGGGCCGCGCGAGGCUGCGGGCAGGGACCUUCGGAGCCGGGGUCUCCCGCCCACCCGCUUUGGCUCGCCCCAGCUGCAGGUUCAGAUGGCGGCGGCGGGGGCGCGGGGCCUGAUGACCUUCGAGGACGUGGCUGUGUACUUCUCCCAGGAGGAGUGGAUGCUCCUGGAUGCUGCUCAGAGAGCCCUUUACCGCCGUGUGAUGUUGGAGAACUUUGCACUUGUGGCCUCAAUGGGACUCUCUACCUCCCGACCCCGUGUUGUUGUCCAACUCCAGCGUGGUGAGGAACCCUGGAUUCCCAGUGGGAUGGACACAACCCUGGGCAGGAGCACCCACAUGAAGCCCAGCCUUGGUUCCCAUUGUCUGGAAGAAGGCAGAAAUGUUUCUGGAGAAGCAGCCCUGCUCCAGGCUGUCCUGAAUAACCUCGGUGGGAUGUCUACUACUGUCCUCCCUGCUACUGGUACAAAGAGCCUGGAGGAACAACAGGGUACCUCCCCAUCUCAGGAGAGAAAACCCACCGGGGUAUCGGUGAUCUACUGGGAACAGCUCCUGCCAGUCUCGGGGAGUGCGGAGGCCAGUGUCAGCCUGAGACUGACCUCCCCCCUGGAGGCUCCCGAGGGCGGCCCAUCCAAGGGGAAGGCCCUCACAGGCCGCCCGGCGCCGGGGAAGCAGCUGGCGCCGGGGAAGCAGCUGCGGGCAGCCCAGCGGCAGAAGCCAUGCGAGCAGCAAGCCUCCUCCAGGAGAGCCUUCCCGAGCAUCCUGGACCUCGGAGUCAUUCGCGCUCGGGGAGAACACCGAGUGGGUGCAGUUUGGUCCGAGUCUCAGAGACUCCCCGGCGCCCAGGAGCCCCAGACCUGGGACGAGCUGGGUGAGGCCCUCCACACUGGCCCCAGCCUUCUCCCAGGGGAAAAGCCCUUCGAAUGUAGGGCGUGCAGCAAAGUGUUUGUGAAGAGCUCCGAUCUCCUCAAGCACCUGCGCACCCACACUGGGGAGCGGCCCUAUGAGUGUGCGCAGUGCGGCAAGGCCUUCAGCCAGACAUCGCACCUGACACAGCACCAGCGCAUCCACAGCGGCGAGACGCCCUACGCCUGCUCGGCUUGCGGCAAGGCCUUCCGCCAUAGCUCCUCCCUGGUGCGGCACCAGCGCAUCCACACGGCCGAGAAGUCCUUCCACUGCGGUGAGUGCGGCAAGGCUUUCAGUCAUGGCUCCAAUCUCAGCCAGCACCGCAAGAUCCACGCGGGCGGGCGGCCCUACGCCUGUGCGCAGUGUGGCCGGCGCUUCUGCCGCAACUCGCACCUGAUCCAGCAUGAGCGCACACACACGGGCGAGAAGCCCUAUGCCUGUGCUCUCUGCGGCGCGGCCUUCAGCCAGGGCUCCUCGCUCUUUAAGCACCAGCGCGUGCACACCGGUGAGAAACCCUUCUCCUGCCCACAGUGCGGCCGCGCCUUCAGCCACAGCUCCAACCUCACGCAGCAUCAGCUGCUGCACACGGGUGAGCGGCCCUUCCGCUGCGGAGACUGUGGCAAGGCCUUCGCCAAGGGCGCAGUGUUGCUCAGUCACCAGCGCAUCCACACGGGCGAGAAGCCUUUUGUGUGCACUCACUGUGGCCGUGCCUUCCGCGAGCGCCCUGCGCUCUUCCACCACCAAAGGAUCCACACUGGUGAGAAGGCCAUGCGGCGGCCCAGGGCUGUCUCCUGCCCACCAGCCAGGCCUCCGGGGGAAUCAUCAGAAGGUGCUUCCGGGAAGGAUGACAAGAUAACUUCUGCCACAGGCCCAGCCACAGUCCUAAAGGCAGCCCCAAAGCCAACUAAGGCCUGAGGCGGCAGCUCUGGCCUUUCUCAGUGUUCUGUGAAUUCCUUCCACAGCUACAAAGUCCAUUUCCUUUGCAGAUCCACAGUGGAGAGAAGCCUUGUGUAUUCAAGCCAGACAUGAGGGAGACUCUUUGGCUUCGGUUCCUUCCACUUUGGCCACAGCUCACAUCUCCAUCCUCCAAGAGGCCAUACCGCAGAGACAUCAGGGAUACAGACUUGGUGCUGGGAUUUUGGUAGGGCCUAUACUAUGCGCAGAGCCAGUGGGAGACCAACAAAGAGCCUUGUAUGGUGAUGCCACUUCAGUAUUUCAUGACUGUGAAACGAAGGUGAGGAGGAAGUGUAGGAAUGGGGUGGGAAUAUCCUAGAGGAAUCUGCCUGAAUACAAAUGCAGUUCAGAAUACAUCCCUCAGGUCUCUGUUUAUCCAGGGCUUCCUUGUCCUGGCCUUUGGCAAGUGAUUGGGCUCUGAGCCUCAGCUUCCUCCUCUGGGAAAUAGAAAAAAGAAAAAGAUUUGGGCCCUUGGAGGGUGGUGUUUGUUAACAGACACCCUGCCUGGCAGGGUCCUAAUAAAGUCCAGGAUAUUUUCACUGCCAUCCCCUGUUGUAGGUGCUAAGAAAGUUCUACCAGCUCUCUUGAGUCCUGUGCUGGUAUCCCCACCUCAAAGAUGAACAAAUUAAGGCACAGGGAGAAGUGAGUCGCCCAUGUCAUACAGCAAAGCUGGAACUAGAACUCAGGUGGAACCUACCCAACAUCCACAUGCCUCAUCCCACAACCCCCUCAUUCUAGUCUACCAAGUGUGAAGGCCUGGCCUGGCUCACUAGCAUAGCAGACUUCCAGAGGUGGAGGCCCAUGCCAGAAUAUGUGGCUUUCAGCAUUGGAAGACAGAUCGAGGAUGCUGGUUGCCCAGCACUCAUUCACAUCUCAUCCAGUCCCUGGCACCAGCUCUUUUAGCAAACCCAAUGUAUGAGGAACCUUUAUAUCUGAAGAAGUAAUGAUAACUUCAGAGGAAGCAAAGUGGGGCUGCUUAUUUUUGCUGGGUUUGGUGGCCAUGUGCCCAUCUGUUUGUUCUCCCACCUUGGUUGGAAGGUGGACAAAAAACCAAGAGGAUUUGGUAUUGCCUGAAACUGUGUGUGGCAGCCUUCAGAGACUACCCUGCCCAGCAUAAUGCCCGUGAACAGUGGGGACAGAUGUGGGGUGGGGCCCAGUUUGCU